UGAACGCAGCACCAGAAAAGGCGUUGCCGUAAAGUGUGACUUGCGUCAGAGCGGUUUCACUGCGGUGUUCGUUUACCGUGACAGGUUCUGAGUGAUUUAAUGAGAGGAGAAUAACGUCAUAAUGUCGGAGCCCACUCUCCUGGUUCUGUACGGGAGUCAGACUGGCACGGCUCAGGACACGGCCCAGAGGAUUGGACGACAGGCAAAGAGGAAGUGGCUGCAGGUUCAAGUGUUGCCUCUUGACAAUUACAAUGUGGCGAACUUGAUCUCAGAGUCUCUGGUGGUUUUUGUUUGUGCAACCACUGGUCAGGGAGACGCACCGGACAACAUGAAGAACUUCUGGAAGUUUCUCUUCAGGAAAUCUUUACCUGCUGGUUCUCUGAGUCGCCUGGAUUGUGCUGUACUGGGCCUCGGGGACUCUUCGUAUCCAAAGUUCAACUUUGUGGCUAAGAAGCUGCAUAAGCGGCUGCUGCAGCUGGGAGCCAGUCCUCUGCUGCCUGCUGGACUGGCAGACGAUCAACACGACCUGGGGGCAGACGCCGUUAUUGACCCAUGGCUCACGUCACUGUGGGAGAAGGUGUUUGCCUUGUACCCGUCUUUAGCUGCCGUGACUCCACUGGGGGAGGAUGAACCACUCCCUCCGACGUACACCUUCCACUUCCUGGAUGAUGUGAAGGAGGACAGGUGCAGGAUUUCCACCGAACAAACUGUUCCCUCUCAGUCUCAUCCCUUUCCUGCCAAACUGGUGUCCAACAGGAGAGUGACAGACACGUCACACUUCCAGGACGUGAGGCACAUCGAGUUCGACAUCAGUGGAUCCAGGAUCCAGUUCGGUGCUGGCGACGUGGUGAUGAUGUAUCCGUGUAACGCACCUGAAGACGUCCAACAAUUCUGCCAACUGCUGAGAUUAAAUCCUGAGGCAACGUUUGCACUCAGAGCAACAGACAACACUGCAGUUCCUGCCAGGCUUCCUCAGCCCUGCACCGUGCGCUACCUGGUGGAGACCUACUUGGACAUCGCUGCCGUUCCUCGCCGUUCCUUCUUUGAGCUGCUGUCAACCUUCGCCACCAACGAGCUGGAGCAGGAUAAGCUGAAGGAGUUCAGCUCAGCAGAGGGUCAGACUGACCUGCACAGCUACUGCAACCAGCCGCGACGCACGGCACUGGAGGUUUUGACAGAUUUCCCUCACACGACAACAGAAAUCAAAGUGGACUAUCUCCUGGACCUUUUCCCCGAGAUCCAGCCCCGCUCCUUCUCCAUCGCCUCGUCUCUCAAGGCUCACCCCAACAGGCUUCAAAUCCUGGUCGCGGUCGUCCGCUACAAAACCAAAUUGUACAAACCGAGACAAGGUCUCUGCUCCACCUGGUUGGCCUCUCUGGACCCUGCACAAGGAGAGGUGUGUGUGCCUCUGUGGGUGAAGAAGGGGAGUCUGAGGUUCCCCACAGACACGGACACGCCGGUGAUCAUGGUCGGACCUGGGACUGGUGUGGCACCGUUCAGGUCGGCGUUGCAGGAGAGGAGAGCGGAGGGAAAACCAGAGAAUGUCCUGUUCUUCGGCUGCCGCUCUGAGUCCAAAGAUUUUUACUUUAAGUCAGAGUGGGGGACGAUGAUGGAGGAGGGACACCUGAAGCUCUUCACUGCCUUCUCACGAGAUCAGGAGGAAAAGGUUUACGUGCAGCACCGUGUGACAGAGAACGCAGAGCUCCUGUGGGACUUGAUCUCGAAUAAACAUUCCUGUUUUUACAUUGCUGGAAAUGCUAAAGAGAUGCCAGCCAGCGUGUGCGACGCUUUAAAAGAUGUGUUCCGGCAGCAGGGACACAUGUCCACUGAGGACGCCGAGCAGAUGUUCGCAGCCAUGGAGAAAUCGGGACGACUGCAGAGCGAGACGUGGUCGUGAUCACGUGACUGAGACUCUUCAUGUUACAAAGAAAGAAGCAGAAUAAAUGAUCAGCAUUAUUUAAUUGUAUAUUUCAAAUGCAAGUGUGAUUUUGACCUUAAAAAACAUAUAAAUAUGAUCAUUUUCACACGUUUCCAGUAAAAGACGCUGCAGACAUUCCACUGCCUUGACACAGGACAAAUGUUUAUAUUAAAAAGGGACGUAUAUGCAGUUCAUGUUGAUGCUUUUCUGUUUCCAGACUCUGCCAUGUAAAAACAUGAUUUAAAUAUGAUGCAUCCAAGUCUGAAGAAGCUGUAAACAUUGAAUUUUUACGUGUGAAAUGGACCAAUGUCAGUAAACUUGCUCUAAACAUGAA